GCUGAAGAUAUGGAUGUGGAGGAGGAGCUCAUUCAGACCCAAACAGCAUCACAGGUGCAGAGGGGUCUGGAGAAACAUUCACCGGACCAAGUAAAUCUCAAGGUUGGCGAAUUGGUACAGUACAUCUUCAUAAGGGACCAGAAAAAGCUGCCAAUUAGGCGUGCAGAUAUUAUAAAGCAUGUGAUAAAGGAGUACAGGGAUGUGUAUCCUGAAAUUCUUCUCCGUGCCAAGAAAACCCUGCAGGAGGUAUUUGGUUUUCAGCUGGAGGAAAUUGAUACCAAAAUGCACAUCUAUGUUCUUACCAACAGACUAGAGCCUGUCCAAGAGGACGGAAUGAAAGUGAACGACGACACUGCCAAGUUAGGAUUGCUCACAGUCAUUUUGAGCCUCAUCUACAUGAAGGGGAACACCGUCAAAGAAUCGGCUGUAUGGGAGAUGCUGAGGCAACUGCGAAUUAGUCCAUGCGAGAAGCACGAUCAGUUUGGAGAUGUGAAAAAACUUGUGACCGAUGAAUUCGUCAAGCAAAAAUAUCUGGAGUAUAACAAGAUGCCACAUACAGAUCCCACAGAGUAUGAAUUUCAAUGGGGUCCGAGAGCGCUGAAAGAAACCUCCAAGAGGAGCAUCCUGGAAUUUGUCUCCAAGGUUCAACAAAAGGACCCCAAAUCCUGGGAGUCGCAGUACAAAGAUGCACAGGUGACGACGCAGUCUCAGUCACAAGUACCAUCUUCCUCCCAAUCCACCAGGCAAAGUGUAACGCCAUCGCAGUCUGCCAGGCGCCGGCCAUCUUCCUCACAGUCCACCAGGAAAUCUAAAUAAACUGAAGGAAGUGGUAAGCUUUAUUCACA